AUGCCCCUACUAAAUCAAAAACUGGUGUAUGCAGUGGUUGUAAUACUUUUUUAUAAUCUCGUUGCAUUUCUACUUCUUAAUGAGGCAUUUCAUUUUACAUACAAAAUAUAUGCGCAACAACAUGUGAAUCAAAGUGUUCGAAAUGAAUACUUGGGUGAUACCCUUUCCAAUAAGCUAUACAAUUACAGUGGUAGAAGUCUUUCUAUCCCACGUUUUGUUCAAAUAAAAUUCAAAAAUAAUGAGGAUAGAAAAGAUAAGGAAAAGAAAAAUGAAGAGUAUCUAAGUGAGGACUACCCUAUUGAAAGAUGCGAAUACGAGAACGGUAGCAAACAAGGAGAUGAAAAUAUUUUUAGCAAAUUUUACAGAUCUAUAAAAAGCUUUUUUGGAAUUACGUCAUCCAGUAAAAAACGAUGCAUGCAUUAUGAAUAUUUGAAACAUUUCAACGAAAAUAUUUCCUAUAUGAUGGAAAAUCAUGUAUCAAUUGAAAGCACGUCUGUCUGCUUAGUUGGCACAGGAAUUGAUAUCAACGACAGCUUAAUAAAGCACUUUUUGAAAAAACGUAGCAGCAGUGGCAUUAGUAAGAAUGAUGGUAAUUCGAUCAACCGUUAUAGCGACAAUAAUGGCUAUGAAUUUUCUUAUGCCAAGUUCAACAGUGCAGAGAAGGAAGACACACCCUACUAUGGUAUUAACACUGAAAAGUGCAAUACAAAAAAUUAUUCGAAUUGUGAGUCGACAGACUUAGAGGAUAUAAAUAAUCAUGGAUCAUAUAUUGCAAAUACAAUAAUACAAGCAGAUUUACUAAAAAAAAAAGGAGUAUUUAAAAAGAAUGUCGACAUUGUGAUAUGUAAAGCGUUUGGUGAGAAGGGAAAAAAUAAUUCUCCUUUAGUACCACUUAUUAAGUGCUUAGAAUAUUGUAAAAUGAGAAGAGUUAAAAUUAUUCACAUCAGUUACAAUAUAUAUGAUGUAAAUGAUAAAUUAAUGGAAAUUAUGGAAGAGUUAAAAGAAUUACAAAUUAUAGUAGUGGUUCCGUCACAACAGGUCUAUAGUAAGAGUAAAAAGCAAAGAGAGGGGGAAAAUCAUCCAGAUGAGCAUACUAUGGGAUAUUUAUUCCCUUCUUCACUCUCCGAUAAAUUUGAAAAUGUUUUUUCCAUUGGAUCAUUACUGCACUACUGGGAAGGGAGAAGCAGCAGUGUAAGUAGUAAUCUGUUAGGAAUGAUGAAAUUAUUGAAUAGAGGUAAUGAAAGAGAGUCGUAUUACACAGAAAAAAAUACGACUCUAUUUAAUUUUUUCUAUAAAAAGGAGAGUAUUAUGGGAAAAGGCAGUCGAAAUAUGUCAGAUGAAUACAACUAUGCAUCAUCAUCUUUUGUAAAUACAUUGGUAACUAUGCUAAAUAUCAACCCUCGAUUGACAAUGAAAAGGAUAAAAAAUAUUUUAAAAAAUUCUAUUCUUAAAAAAAAAAAACUAAAGGGGUUAUGCAAGUGGGGAGGGGUUCUUAAUCUAGUGAAAGUGUUUAGCUAUUCUUUAAAGGAGAGAAAAAAAAUUUAUAAAUUAUUUUACCAAGAAUUAGAUAAUAAGAAAGAUGAAAAGAAAACAGCUCACAAUGAUCAGGAGAAUUUUCCACAAAACAGGAUCUCCUCUGGAGAGAAACGCAAUAACGAUGAGCAUUACCACCUUAAGAGGGAUUAUGACAAAGAUGAUGAUUAUGAGAACCCCUCCACUUACAAUAAUGAUGUUAUUUAUGACAGCCCUACCAUUGAUAAUAAGGGUAUAAUCUUUGUUGAUUAUGCAAAAAAAGAAGAUCCCACAACACAUGAAGAAGAGCAAAAAGAUCAACUAAAAGGUGAGUACUAUAGCGACAAUGAGUUGUUGAUAAGAAAUGAUAAAAAUAGCAUAGUUCGAAAUUAUUCUGAACAUUCAGGUGAAAGUAGUGUAAAUAAGGGGUACCAAGUGAGAGGCGACAUACAAAAUCAGUACUAUAUUCCAUAUUUGAACAAAAUGAAGCACAAAUUUAGGGACGAACAAGUUGAGCUGACGAAUGUUCCUAGUAGUAGUAGUAGAAUCAUAAGCGACAUGAGAGGCAGAAAAUGCAAAGGCGAUGCAGCAUGUAACAUGAAUGAGGAUAUUAGCAAUUCCACCAAUGUAAGUUACCCGUUGGACAAUGCCGAGAGAGGAGAAAACAUGUCUAGUGAAACACAUUCCAACCAUUUUAAUGUUUCUUUUAUGCAGUUGCCAUCAUAUAAUGAGGAUGAACUACCAAGAUAUAACGAUCAUUUACAGGGGUCUAAUCACCCCACUCAGAGACGAAUGCCCACUGGUAACAGUGUAAAGAGGUUUAAACAAAAGAAACAUAUAUAUAAUACAGCGGAAGAAGAAGAACAGCAACAGCAAGAAUUACAACUACAACAACAACUACAACAACAACAACAACAACAACAACAACAACUACAACAACCACUACUACAACUGCAACAGGACGACAGUUUGUUUUCCCCUCCGUCGACUAUUUCACCUGUACACAACCUUGACUAUUAUGAAAAUAAGGAAAAGGGGAAUUCAUUCUAUAAGAAUGAAAUGGAUGAAGAUACAACUGAUUAUGAUGUUAGUAAUGAUUGGGAAAAGAAUUAUAAAAGUAGAGGGGGGAAAAAUUUUACCCAUUUUUCUUUGCCAUCUAAACAAAUUAGCAAAAACUUUUUAGAAAAAGAUCUUAUAAAGGUAAAAGAGUAUGAUAAACCUAAUAGUAAAAUAUAUCAUACAAAUAGAUUUGAACAAAGUACAGAUAACUCAUUAUUAUAUCAUGACGAUGUAGAUGAUGUAUAUACGUCAACUGCGCCAUAUGACAUGCAUAUAGGGGAGCAGCUGGAUAAGAUCAGGCGCAGACGGAGGAGCUUACUGAUUGGUGAAGGAAUAGAUAACACCUCCAGAGACCUCUAUGGGUUUCCCCCAAAUGGGGAGGGUAAAAAAAGAGAAGGUAAAAAGAGGCGGAUGGACAAGCGACACAGAAGUAAAGUACAGAAAAAUAAUUUGCAGAAGAUGGGAAAUAGGAAAAACGGCAAGAUGAAACGUAUGGAAGGAAAUUUACAAAAGGGAAAAGGUAAAAGCGCAAGAAGGAGUAAAAUCAGUAGAUAUAGAGAAAGAGGCAAAAGCGGAAUAAGAGAUAGACGAGGAAGAGGAGAACAGGAACUAAGUCAAAGAUCAAAACGUUGGAGAAGGCCUUCUAACCGUACAAUAGUUAAUAGUAGGUUAGGUAGAAGGAUAAGGAAGGAAAGUAAGUAUAUCCCAGAUGACAAUAUUAAAAUAAGAUAUAACACAGUGAACGAGAAUAUAUAUAAAAGAGAGAAGUCAUCAGAGAGGUAUUUUCCAAAGCCCAAACAAACAAUGACACCAAGGAGGCGGUAG